GGGAACAUGCCUCUGAACACGCCGGCCGCAGAUCCCACCAGGAUGGGUGUGGGACGCUCCAUUGCCGUUCUGACGUCCGGAGGAGACGCCCAAGGAAUGAACGCCGCAGUGCGGGCCACGGUGCGAGUCGGACUCUACACUGGAGCUCAAGUUUACUUUGUCCACGAGGGCUACCAGGGUCUGGUCGAUGGGGGAGAGAACAUCCGUCUGGCCUCGUGGGAAAGUGUGUCCAUGAUGCUUCAGUUGGGUGGGACUGUUAUUGGCAGCGCUCGCUGUCAAGACUUCAGGACUCGGGACGGUCGCAUGAAGGCGGCCAGAAACCUGGCCAAGUUGGGGAUCACAAACCUGUGCGUGAUCGGAGGAGACGGCAGUCUGACUGGAGCCAACCAGUUCAGGACAGAGUGGAGUUCGCUGCUGAAGGACUUGGUGCAGGCCGGCCAGAUCUCAGGAGAAGAAGCUCAAAAGUCCUCUCACCUCAACAUCGUGGGGAUGGUCGGCUCCAUUGACAACGACUUCUGUGGCACCGACAUGACCAUCGGCACAGACUCCGCGCUGCAUCGCAUCAUUGAGGUGGUGGACGCCAUCGCCACCACGGCCCAGAGCCACCAAAGGACCUUCAUCCUGGAGGUGAUGGGCCGACACUGUGGGUACCUGGCGCUGGUCACGGCUCUGGCAUGUGGCGCAGACUGGGUCUUCAUUCCAGAGAUGCCUCCGGAUGAGGACUGGGAGAACCACCUGUGCCGGAGACUGACAGACCAAAGAGCCAGAGGGUCUCGUCUCAACGUCAUCAUCGUGGCUGAGGGCGCAAUGUCCAGAGAUGGUAGCCCCAUCACCUCUGAACAGAUCAAGAAGCUGGUGACCGAUCGGCUGGGCUUCGACACGCGCACCACAGUCCUGGGUCACGUGCAGAGAGGAGGGACGCCCUCGGCCUUCGACAGAAUCCUGGGCAGCAGGAUGGGUGUGGAGGCUGUCAUGGCUUUGCUGGAGGCCACUCCAGACACUCCGGCCUGUGUGGUCAGCCUGUCGGGGAACCAGGCGGUUCGGCUGCCGUUGAUGGAGUGUGUCCAAGUGACUAAAGAUGUGACCGCUGCAAUGGCGGAGGGCAGGUUUGAAGAUGCCAUCAAACUCAGAGGAAAAAGUUUUGAAAACAACUGGAACACAUACAAGCUGCUGGCUCACAUCAACCCUCCAGAUGUGAAGAGCAAUAUCAACGUGGCCGUCAUGAACGUCGGCGCCCCCUGUGCUGGCAUGAAUGCAGCCGUCCGGGCAGCUGUCAGGAUGGGCAUCAUCCAGGGUCACUCCAUGCUGGCGGUCCACGACGGCUUUGACGGUCUGGCUCAUGGACAGAUCGAGCCGAUCACCUGGACCUCAGUUAGUGGCUGGACGGGAAAAGGUGGCUCCAUGUUGGGAACCAAGAGAGUCCUUCCUGGGAAGAUGCUGGAGCAAAUCAGUCAGAACAUCUCGAUGUUCAAUAUCCAUGCUCUGGUCAUCAUUGGAGGCUUCGAGGCCUACGUUGGUGGUUUGGAGCUGGUUCAGGCCCGGGAGAAGUACGAGGAGAUGUGCAUCCCCAUGGUGGUCAUCCCAGCCACAGUUUCCAACAACGUUCCAGGAUCCGACUUCAGCAUCGGUGCAGACACCGCCCUGAACACUAUCACCUCGACGUGUGACAGAAUCAAGCAGUCGGCGGCCGGAACCAAGCGGCGCGUCUUCAUCGUUGAGACGAUGGGCGGAUACUGCGGCUACCUGGCCACCAUGGCGGGUCUGGCUGCAGGUGCAGAUGCUGCCUACAUCUUUGAGGAGAAGUUCAACAUUAAAGAUCUGGAAGUGAAUGUGGAGCAUCUUCUGGAGAAGAUGAAGACAACUGUCAAAAGAGGUUUGGUUCUGAGAAAUGAAAACUCGAAUGCCAACUACACCACCGACUUCAUCUUCAACCUGUACUCGGAGGAGGGGAAGGGCAUCUUUGACUGCAGGAAGAACGUUCUGGGUCACAUGCAGCAGGGAGGAACCCCGACCCCAUUUGACCGCAACUUUGCGACGAAGAUGGGGGCUAAAUCUUUGCUGUGGCUGACAGAGAAGCUGAAAGAGUGCUACCGCCACGGCCGCAUCUUUGCCAACACUGGUAACUCAGCGUGUGUGCUGGGCAUGAGAAAGAGGGCGCUCACCUUCCAGCCCCUCGCUGACCUCAAGGAGGACACAGACUUUGAACAUCGGAUUCCCAAGUCCCAGUGGUGGCUGAAGAUACGACCCAUCAUGAAGAUCCUGGCCAAGUACAACAUCCAACUGGACACCUCUGAGCAUGCAGACAUGGAGCAUGUGAUCAAGAAGAGGAGUCUUCUGAAGUGAGCACGCCCAGGCACCUCCGCCGCUUGAUUGGUUUGUUGUUCCUGACCGGGACUUCCAAUA